CCCUUCACCCGGGCUCCGCUCUUGCCUUCUCCACACUUGUUUGAUUUAUGAGGAAUCCAAGAUGAAUUUGGAGCAGGAGAGGCCGUUUGUCUGCAGUGCCCCAGGCUGCUCCCAGCGCUUCCCAACAGAGGACCAUCUGAUGAUUCAUAGGCACAAGCAUGAAAUGACUUUGAAGUUUCCCUCAAUAAAAACAGACAAUAUGUUAUCAGAUCAAACUCCAACCCCAACGAGAUUCCUGAAGAACUGCGAGGAGGUGGGGCUCUUCAAUGAGUUGGACUGCUCCCUAGAGCAUGAGUUCAGGAAGGCUCAGGAGGAAGAGAACAGCAAGCGGAAUAUCUCGAUGCAUAACCCUGUUGGUGGGGCCAUGGCGGGGCCUGGAACUCACCAGCUCGGCAGUGCCCGGAUGCCCAACCAUGACACCAGCGUUGUGAUUCAGCAAGCCAUGCCGUCACCCCAGUCCAGCUCUGUCAUCACGCAGGCCCCUUCCACCAACCGCCAGAUCGGGUUGAAUAAGACAGAAAAUAUCUCGAUGCAUAACCCUGUUGGUGGGGCCAUGGCGGGGCCUGGAACUCACCAGCUCGGCAGUGCCCGGAUGCCCAACCAUGACACCAGCGUUGUGAUUCAGCAAGCCAUGCCGUCACCCCAGUCCAGCUCUGUCAUCACGCAGGCCCCUUCCACCAACCGCCAGAUCGGGGCAAGUGAAGAUGCCCUGAGGGAAUAUGCGGCAAUUUCCACCCAGCUGAGUUUAGAGAGCCAUAAAUGGGAUGGAGCUAUAGUAUGGGCAGUGUGGGUUCUGAAAGCAGAGCUGAAGCCGUUCGGAUCCUUCAGCCCCUUUAAGUUAGUCUUAUCAGAUCAGGCCGUCACGGAGCAGAUAGACAG